UAUAUUUUUCUGCAUCUUUCAAUAGCGUGAUUAAAGUUAUGUUUCAGAAAAGCUUAAUCGUUGGUUGGUCCUUUGCAAUUUUAUGUAACUGCUCGGUUCUCUUCGGACUCGCGAACAGGAACAUAUCCUUUGGUCUCUCCGUUCUUUAUUUGGCCCUCAGUAGAACAUGCUGGGCAUUAGGUAUUGCCUGGCUUGUAGUUGCAUGCACUACGAAUAAUGGCGGUAUCGUGAACAAAAUCUUA